AAUUUAUGUGUCAGAACAACAACAUCCGUUAACGUCACUUCCGUUCACCGCUUGUCAAACAUGGCGCUGCUUCUAAGGACGUUGGCCCGACAGGGUGUCUGUCUCUCUAGACCCUGUUUUGCCCAGAGUGUCUUCUAUAGACAUGCUGCUCCAAUGGGAACCACAGCUAAGGACGAGAUGAACAAGUUUUGGGCCAAAAAUUCCAAAUUAAACAGACCCAUGUCUCCUCAUCUCACCAUUUACAAAUGGUCGGUCCCCAUGGUGAUGUCCAUCACGUUCAGGGGAACUGGAGUGGGGCUCAGUGGAGCUAUCUCAGCCUUUGCCUUGGCAGCGCUGGUAUUACCGGAAAGUUACCCCUACUACCUGGACUUGAUCCACUCGCUAUCCGUCGGCCCCUAUCUCAUCGGGUUGGCCAAGUUUGGCCUCGCCUUCCCUGUGUCUUUCCACACCUAUAAUGGCAUCCGCCACUUGUGUUGGGACCUUGGCAAGGGCUUCAGAAUCCCAGAAGUGUACCGCACCGGCUACACAGUUAUUGGUCUGUCCAUCAUCACCUCCCUCGCACUGGCUUACCUCUGAGCAGAGAACGAGAAGAGAUGAGCAGAAAGGAAGGGAGAGGGGGAAGUCAACGGGAAUGUGGACUGGAUUCACUGUGGGAGUUUUGUGUAUUUGUUCUGGUUUCAUCAAAGUAUUAAAGGAUUAUAUUAUACUGUA